AUGAACUGCCAGAAAUGCCGCCAGCCUCUUAGGCUGGACGGAUCCCUCGAGGACCUCAAUCCAGCUGCCUAUGAUGUGCUUGUUUCAUCUACAUCUCCCCAAACCCUCAAGAAAUCAUCUGUGACGAGCCCACCGAUUACGCAACCACAAGAGCAAGCGCGCAAGUCUCUAUACGAAACGGUCUCAAGAAAUACUGGGCCACCGACGUUCAAGCGCAAUCAUGGAGGGCAUCCCCGCGAUUCCUCUAUGUCUUUUGUUUUGUUAUCAGAGUCCCAGAUGACUCACCCGAGCCAGCCUACAGAGUCUCCCGCUAUGCCAACAUCAUUGCGCCGUGCCAGCUCUGCCAGAAGUAAUGGGGAUAAUGUCGACGAACCUGUUGGAAACGAGAUGGACAGGAUCAACCGACUUUUCGAAAUCUUAUCUGCGCGAUCCGAUAUAGACCACCCUAUUUGCGUUGAAUGUACGGAAAUGCUGGUUGAGGGCCUACAGAAGAAGCUAGAGGUUGCUUCACGCGAAAGAGACGCCUAUGUUAAACACCUGAAGGAGGCGAAAGCAAACAAACCAAGCGAAGAAGACAUGAGAGCUCAAGAGGAAGCGCUGAGAAAAGCUGAGCAGGAUAGAGCAACAGCUAUGGAAGAGCUGAAGAAGCUGGAGUCGGAAAAGACUUCCUUAGAUGAGGAGCUUGUAGCUCUUGAGGAGGAGUCGCGGCAGCUUGACAAAGAUGAGGAGAAGUUCUGGAGGGAACGAAACGAGUUUGCUACCAAGAUGGGUGAAUUCCAGGCGGAAAAGGACAGCAUCAACGCCAAGUACAGCAACGACUCCCAGCUCCUAGAAAAGCUGCAGCGAUCUAACGUAUAUAAUGACACCUUUUGUAUCAGCCACGAUGGGAGCUUUGCGACAAUCAACGGCCUUCGACUUGGCCGUCUCUCUAACAAACCGGUAGAUUGGCCAGAAAUUAACGCCGCAUGGGGGCACGCCCUGCUACUUUUGGUUACCGUUGCGGACAAACUUUCCUACAGAUUCGAUGGAUAUGACCCGCAGCCUAUGGGAAGCACGUCAAGAAUCAUCCGAUACGAAGUACCAAGCCCUUCUUCCAGUCGAAUAAGUAGUCGCGCUGUCAAUGCACCCCCAAAGAAGCAUGUGCUCGAGUUGUACAGCUCUGGAGAUAUGCCUCUAGGGUUAACCUUCAUGCAUCGACGCUUUGAUAACGCCAUGGUUGGGUUCCUGGAGCUUGUGCGACAGCUGGGCGCCUUGCCAUAUAAGAUUGAUGGUGACAAGAUUGGCGAUGUCAGCAUCAAACUCGGCAUUGCGCAAGAUGAUGGAUGGACCAAGGCGUGCAAGCUGACAUUGACGUGUUGCAUUUACUUAUUCUUCGUGAUUCACGUUCUCGCUGCUCUUCUCCUUUUAAACUCUCACAUCCACAACAAUUCCCAACUUGUUCAACCUCAAGCAUCCUCUGUCAAGUACUCGAAAUGGGCAGUUGCGCUCACUGUGAAUACCACGAUGGAGAUGCUGUCACUACCUUCUGGUGCAGCCCCAGAUGCCAGGCAGCUCACGAGCCAGCUCAUCAGGACCAAGCUACUCAAAGCAGCAAUUUUGGCGUACAAGGAGGUUGUGUACGACAUUCAUGUGACAAGAAUCAAACAUGACGAAGUCAACGGAACUCUGGUCCUCACACACACCCCGAAUCGAAUUGAGCGCCAUCCUUUCCCGAACCACCUCACAAGUAUUAAAGACCACAAACAAGCUGCUCUUCUAGUAAACCAGUGUACCAUGUCGAUUUCUCUCCUUGGUCCGAUGGCUAGGGGUCUCUUGGCCGGAAUUGUCUCUCGGAUGGAUGUCGUUGUUGUUGAGAUCCAGAAUCCUCCCCUCACUAUCAAAUUCCACCCCCCUGAUGGCAUCAUGGCAGACAGGAAGUUCCAUACCAUUGUUGAAGCGACGCUGGACUCAUCAGGGGAACGAUGGCUGAUCGACGUCACCGGCUGUCAGUAUGGCUUUCGGGAUAUUCUGCUUCCCUUCGAGAAGUACAUUGCACAGAACAACUGCUCCUCGUAUGAGCGGCUACAGCCUUAUGCUCACACAGAAACCACCGACCAAGACGAGCUUCCACGCUCACCUUUGAUGAUACUCACAAGAGGGCCCAGCGAACAACAGUUGGCAGACAUUGAAAUUGAGAAAGGUUAUCGUCGACACUUCGCCGCUCUAGUUCGUGCUCUGGUUCAUCAUGGAUUGACUCAGGGGACUGAUGCUCACUUUGCAGCCACUCUCGAUGAAUUGGUCCGCAGAGUCAUCACAUACAUGUCAAGUUAUCCACUUCCGACGGAAGCAUAUCAGGAGAGCCCUUUGUACUGA